AACCACAACGUUGAUUUUAAUUCUUUACGAUGUUGUGAAGCUGUGGUUUAGCCACCACGUUUCUUUACACACGGACUCAAAUCAAAACACGACUUUGUUUGUUUGCUAGCUGUAGCUAAUGCUAACAACAAAGGUUUUCUACGAGUCGACUGCUUUUGCCGGCAGAAAUGAUGGAUUCGUGCUUAGCCGGGAUGCCGGACAGAUCGGAGCCGGUGGAGGUGGAGGACAUUAAGCGGAACCUGCUGGGUGAAUUCGAGUUCUCUCCAGCUCAGGUCAGCGCGCCUCCUCAGACGGAAAACCUGCAGGUGUACCUCAGGGUCCGGCCCUUCACCGCAGCCGAGAGCCACAGCAGAGACUCCCAGGACUGUGUGACCAUCGAGGGCCCCGACACCGUGGCCUUGAAGGCCCCCAGAAUGAGUGAGAAGCCCCCCCCUCAGACGGCGCAGCGCUUCACCUUCACGCAGGUGUUCGGUCCGGACGCCGGUCAGAGGCAGGUGUUCAACGGUUCGGUUCGGGGUCUGGUCCGGGACGUUCUGCAGGGAGGAAACUGUCUGGUGUUCACAUACGGAGUCACCAACGCCGGGAAGACCUUCACCUUCCUCGGUCCGGAGCACGACUCCGGCCUGCUGCCGCGGUCGCUGGCGGUCAUCUUCAACAGCAUCGAGGACCGCCUGUACAGCCGCAACGACCUGAAGCCUCAGCGCUGCAAAGACUUCAGCAGACUGACGGCGGAGCAGCAGGCGGCGGAGAGCAGCAGCAAGGGGAGCCUGCUGAGGCUGUUCAAGGAGACCGACAGGACGCAGACGUCUGGAAGGUCCACUUUUCUGGAAGGCUCGUCUCUGAGCAGCGACAGCAGCGUUUCUGAGCCCGACAGCUUCUGUCUGGACGUUUCCUCCAACCUUCGCUUCUCCGUUUGGGUCUCGUUCUGUGAGAUUUACAACGAGAGCAUCCACGACCUGCUGGAACAGGUUCCCGCCAUUCACCAGAGGAGGACGGUGCUGCGGCUGUCUCAGGACGUGAAGGGAAACUCCUUCAUCAAAGACCUGCGCUGGAUCCAGGUCAACAGUUCUGAGGAGGCCUACAGAAUCAUGAAGAUCGGGAAGAAGAACCAGAGCUUCUCGUCCACGCGGCUGAACUAUCUGUCCAGCAGGAGCCACAGCAUCUUCUCCAUCCGGAUCCUCAGAGUGGACGACAGCGGCGUUCCCAGAGUGCUCGGCGUCAGCGAGCUGGCGCUCUGCGACCUGGCCGGGUCCGAGCGCUGCUCCCGGACUCACAACACCGGCGAGCGUCUGAAGGAGGCGGGGAACAUCAACAGCUCUCUGCUCACGCUCGGGAAGUGCAUCAACGCCAUGAGGCUCAACCAGAACUCCAAGUUUCAGCACCACGUCCCCUUCAGGGAGUCCAAGCUCACGCACUUCCUCCAGAACUUCUUCAGCGGCGCCGGCCGCGUCUGCAUGGUGGUCAACAUCAACCAGAACUCCAGCUUCUUCGACGAGACGCUCAACGUCCUCAAGUUCUCCGCACUCGCGCAGAAGGUGGUGGUGCUGAGCUCCCAGCCGGAGCUCCCAGGUAACUCGGACCCAAACAAGAUGGCCGUUGACCUGUCCAUCAUCAUCAAUGAAGCCGAGCAGCGCCGGAACCAGCUGAGGCGGGGCCGGAAGAGCUCGCUGGUGCCCUGGGAGACCAGCCUGGAGGACGUGCAGGAAGACGAGGACGACGAUGAAGAGGAGGAGGAGGACAGCAUGAUGGAGGGCACUGUGCUGGAAGCGGGAGAGGAAGAGGAAGUAGAUGUGACCAUGGAGGAUGAGGAGCAGCGUCCCGACAGAGAGGCGGCGCUGCGUUUGGUUCUGGAAGCACAGAUCCGGGAAGAAGUCAGCACCGAGUUCAUGGAGCUUUUCAAGAAGAUGGAACAGGACUACAGCGAGCGCUUGGAGAAAGAGCGGGAAAUCCUGGAGGAACGAGCGGAUAAGAGGGUGGAGAUUCUGAAGAAGCUGGUGGAAAAAAGUGUCGACCCUUCAGCUGCCAAAACCGACAGAAAUGAGGAGACGCCGACGGCGGCCUUGGAGGAAAUCAUCAGCUCCAUGAGCGAAGAUCUGCAGAGGAUCCGGGAGGGAGCUCAGAGCGUCCACCAAUGUCUGGCCGAGGAGACGCAGGCGGCAGAGAUGGAAGCGCUGCGAUUGGAGAAUCAGCGAUCACAUGACCAGCUCCAGGAAACAUUACAGAGUCUGGAGCAGCAGGAGCAGAAGCUCCGGGAGCUGACGGAGGUCUGCCGCCAGCAGGAGGAGGUCAUCGUCAGACUGAAGGAGACAGACAAGGAGCUCACCUGCAGAUGCAUGAGGGGAGGCGGAGCCAAGGAGGCGAAGGAGGAGAGCGGCAAACGCCAGCGGGAUUCAGCAGAGGAGAGCGGAGGACCAGCCAGGAAGAGAGUGCUGUUGGAGGAGGAGAUCUGGAGGCUCCAGGAGGAAAACGAGAAGAAGGAGAAGGCGAUAGCUGAGCUGCAGAAGAAGGAGGAGAGGAGGAGGAGCCUGGAGGAGGAGGUGAAGCAGCUGAAGGAGGAGCAGGAGCUGCUGGAGCAGAAGGUCUUGAUGUUGAGCGACCUGGACGCCUGUCAGAACUGCGACUCGGUUCUGGCGUCUCUGGAGGCGGAGCAGCGGGAGUCCGCCCGGCUGCAGAAGGAGAACAAAGCUCUGGUGAACGGGAUCUUCCAGCUGCAGACCGAGGUGACCGCUCUGCAGGAACAGCUCAGCCAGCGAACCGCCACGGCUGACGGCCUAUCAGAGCAGCUCGACGCAGCCAAGUCCCGCCUCCAGGACCUGGAGAGCCAAUUAGAAGAGAAGACGGCGGCCGCCAGCAGCUUCAGGGAGGAAGUGGAGCGCCUGAAGCUGAGGCUGAAGGAGGAAGAGGGGCGGAGCAGCAGCGUGUUUCACGCCACCAUAGAGCAGCUGACGAAGGAGAGCCAGGCGGCGCUGCAGAGAUCCGCCGAGAAAUCCCAGAGGAUCGAGGAGCUUCAGGAGGAGAAGAUCCGGCUGGAGGAUCAGCUGAAGCAGAGCCUCAACAGGUGUGAGGAGCUGACCCGACAGCUGUCCAGUCAGAGAGCAGAGCUCCUGCAGCUGCAGGAGCAGAGGGCGGAGCUAGAGGCAGAAGGCGGGGCUCUGCGAGGGAGGCUGCAGGAGAUGGAGAGAUCAGAGGAGAGGAGGAGGGAUCAGGAGAAGGAGGCGCGUGAGCUGCAGGACGUCCUGCUGCAGAAGGACCGCCUCCUGGACGAGAGCCUGCAGCAGACGGAGGCUCUGAGACGAGAGCUGCAGCGGCUGAAGGAGGAGCUGAGGAGGGGGGAGGAGGAGAAGGAGAACCGGGGCUGUGAGGAGAGGAUGAGGAGGAGGCAGCAGGAGACCGACGGAGAGGAGGAGGUGUGCUUACAGGACGUCCCGUCGCCUCUGAGGAACAGCCGGAGGAAAAGCCCCAAAGCCGUGAGGGGGAAGAGGAAGAGCGUGGAGGUGGAGGACCUGGUCUUCAGUGAGAACAAGAGGAACAGGGGGAGGGGCGGGGCUCUGAGCAGCAGACAGGAGCAGAAAGCGUCUGCGGUGAUCUUCGACUCGCCCUCCAAAGCCAAAGGUCUGGUGGAGGCAGGAGCCACUAAACCCCGUCGAGGGCGCAGAAAGCUUCUAAAGACGGGGACGUCGACGCCGCUGCUCGAUUCCCCUCAGAUGGUGUUGGAAGGAGCAGAUGAAGACAAAGAGAGCGACCACCUGAUCAUCAAGAGGAAGCUGCGCUCUAAAACGGGCAGGAAGUGAUGUCAUCGACCGUGAAAACAUGUACAGAUUUUAUAUUGUCUCAGGAUCAAUAAAGAACAGAAGAUAAUGUCA